AGUACUGAAGGACGAAGAGGGCGAGGGCGACCGGUUGUCUUCGUUGAUGAGGGGUGACAUCUCAAACACCUUGGCAGAGGCUGUAGGAGGGUUCCUGUUGGUAGUAACUUCUUCAGGCAAAGUUGUGUACAUUACGGAGGCUGUAGAGCAGUUUUUUGGCCAUAGUCAGGUGGAUCUUCUGGGACACAGCAUCUAUAAUGUUAUACAUCCAGAUGACCAUGAUAUUUUUCAACAUCAACUCCAAGCAAAAGAGCAUAUGAGGAGAUCAUUUUUUUGUCGCAUGAUGGAAAAGGCAUUAUCACGGAAUGAUCCAGGUCGUUAUGAGAUCAUUCACAUUGUUGGUCAGAUGAAGCCAAUCCCCCAAGCAGAGGUCCCAGUGCCCUCUCCAAGUAUGUCGGCAUCAUCACCUGAGACAGCCAGUACCUCAAGUAAGCAUGGUGAUGAAGACGACAACGAUGAAUCGGAUGGAGAUGUGCAGUCUUUGAAAGUUGCCAACAGAACUGGUACACAUAUGCUAGUCAGUUUUGUGCGGGUGGUAAAGGACCGACCCAUUACAGAGCUCUCCCUGGUUGACUCAACUCAAGAAGAGUACAUAACUAGGCAUGGCACAGAUGGGAAGAUACUCUAUACUGAUCACAGAAUAUCAUUUGUGACGGGGCUAAUGCCAUCUGAAGUUCUCGGUACUUCAGCAUUUAAUUACAUGCAUCAAGAUGACAUGCUCUGGUCAGUGGUGGCACAGAAGCUCAUGCUUACGAGUAGCCAAGGGCAAGGAGUUGUCUCGUACAGACUUAGGUGCAAAGAUGGUAAAUAUGUCACCUUAAGAACAAGAGGGUUCUUGGAGUUCAAUAAGCAAAAGGGACAAGUGGAUUCCUUUGUGUGUAUAAAUACAGUUUUAAGUGUGAAAGAUGCCGCAUCAGAGAUCAAGAACCAGCGAAGGAAACUCUUACCAAUGAUAACUUGUCAAGAGUCAGAUGAACAUCUGAAUUCAAUAUCUUCAUCAUUUCCUCCGGAGAUGGUGAUGAUGCUAAAGCAGUUGAUUAAUCCAGAUAUAAUUCAAAAGAUGAUUAAUUCUGUAGAACAACCAGAAUUUGGGUCUGAAGGACCUGGUAAAAAUAUUCUUGAUGAAGUAUCCAUAUGCUCAAGUUCAGUGAAUUCAAGAAAUUUGCAGUCUGAAGAUGAAUCAGAAUUUAACUGGCAAAACCCAAGAAACAAGAGGGCAAAGCUAGAACCUCAUAGUGAUUCCUCCACUAGAUGCUAUAGUGAGAAUAUACAAAAUGUUCAAAUUGAUAAAGAUGGAUUUGGCUUUGAGGAGGUUAAGAUAUGCAGCUUUACCAAGAAGCAAAGACUAAAUGAACCUUUUACGAAGGUAUCAACCCAAAAAUUUAGUUUUCAAAGAGAAUUUACAGAUUCAAAUCCCACACAAACUGAUUAUAGUCCUAGAUCUGUUCACGAGACCAUACAAAGCAAAAUGAGCAAGCAAGUUGUGACUACAUUUGCAUCAGGUACAGGAAUGAAUCGGGUGUUAUCAGUUGAUAGUAGUCAACAACAAGAUACUGCAAGCCUUCCAUAUCCUCUAAGCCCACAAGAUAAAGAGUUUGCUGGUAUGGCAUCUGCAGGCAAAUUCAUAGACAGUAGAGUUGGUAAUCAUCUUUCUUCAUGGAUGCAGCAAAGUAGUAGAAGUCCAAAUUUACUCUCCCCAGAAUGUUUCCCUCAAAUUGACGCUAUUAAUCAAGCUGCAGGAAGUUCAAACUCAGGUAGUGAUAUAUCAUCCCCAAGAAAUGUAGACCAAAAAAUUAUACCCUCUCCAAGACAAUUUGACCAGAACAGGAGUGGAAGCAUUCCCUCCCCAGGAAGCUGUGAUAUGUCUAUUCCUUUCCAGAGUGCUGGAAUGAGUCAGUCCCCUAAUCCCUGUGACCAAAGAAGUCAGACUUUAUCAACUGGUUCUUAUGAUGAACGAUGCACAAGUUUGCAGUCUCCAAACCCUUGUGUUGGAAGUUUGGCAUCACUUAGUCAGUAUGACCAAAGAGGUGGUAGUUUAUCUUCUUCUGGUCAUUAUGAUGAGAGAGCUGGACACACGACAUCUCAAGGUGUUUAUGACCAGAGUGGUCAAAGCAUGCCUGUUACUAGCCAGGGUGAUCAGAGAAGGCGGAAUAUGCCUUCUGAUCAGUAUGACCAGAGAGAUGUAAGCUUGUCACCAAGCCAUUGAAAGCUUCUGUGAUAUAUGGAUAAUCUGCAUCCUGAACCUCCUCUGUGAUAUCACUACAAAAUCCUCUAUGCUGGGCAACGAAUCUGUUUUGAUGGAAAAUGGGUAUGAUGCCUUCAAAAACAGGUCAUCUCAGAACAGGAGAAGAGAAGAUAGAUCCACGGAUAUUCACUAAAUUCAAAUUAUAGGUAAAAAUAUUCAUGAUAUAUUUUCAUAAAACAAGAAAAUUCAGAGAAUAGUGCUUCUUAUUAUAUGAGGGUCAGUAAAGAGUGAAUGUUUAUUAUGAAUGAAAGGCCUGUAGUGUAUCUAUUUUAGAAUUAUAUACAAACUUGGGUUUGUCAUAUGGUGUUCACAAGCUCACCUUAACAUUCCACUUUUUCAUAAUGUCAUUAUGUAUGCAGUCAUAGAAUUAUAUAACAAGAAAACCUCAUUGUAUUAUAAUCUUACUAGAGUAAUGUUGAUUUUCUUUUGAGCUUCAGAAUGGAAUAUUAAUCUUAUUUCUAGCAGAGGCUGAUUAUGAUAUGAUUAUGUACAGUAUCACUUGUUUUUUUCUUUUUCCUGUUUGUUUCUUGUGUUUUUGUUGUUGUUUCUUGAUUGAUAUUGAUAUUAACAUUUAUUUCAGGGCUUAGUCAUGAAGAAUUUAUUACAAUCAAUGGACUUGAAUGCAAAACCAUAGAUUCAUCACAUGCAGUUAAUAAUAUUAUCAUGUUUAUGAUAGAAAGUUCAAUACAUUACCUCCAAAGUAUAAACAGUUUUCAAGUUCCUUUUAGAUAAUCAAAUAUGGAUCUUCUCGUAAGGUUUGGUAGUAAAAUGGGAUUUAUAGAAUCCAAAUUGUUGACAGAAGAAACUGAAUCAUUUUGUUGCCGGGAUUUUUAAAAGAGAUUGGAAGUAAUCUGUUUUAAAAGAAAAUAUUAAUUUGUGAUAUACAGCUCAUAAAUAAAGUCCCAAGAGUAUAUUUUAUGCAGAUUUAUAGAAUAUGUUUAUAAGAAAUAGUUAGAGUAUGUGUAAUGGAAUGUAUAUUUAACAAGUUGAUAAAAUUAAGCAUUUAUGGUAAUCCAUAAGUGCAGUGUAAAUGGUUUUAUGCUCAAAGAAGUUGAAAUGAAAUUGCUUUGUCAGAGAGAGUGCAAAGAGUAUUACUGUUCUUCUAAAAUCAUUAAGUUCCUCCCAAAAGUUAUAUGUGUGAUUCACUGGAUAAUGAAAAGAAUAUUUAUCAAUCUUAUUGAUAGUCCAAGGAUAACAUGAGAUUGGAAUUAGACUAUUUUUAUGCAUGCAUUACAUUUGAGCUUUCAGUUUCAUGUUUCAGCCAGUUUUUGCUCAAUAAGUCAGUCUUAAAGAAUGUCUGGUUAAUGUAAGGGCAUUGUUAUAGACUCCCAAUUCUGUUAAUAUAUGAUUUAUAGUUUGCCAAAAUAGUAUACUUAUUCAAGAGAAAAAUUACAGAAAGAUUCAUGCACAAAAUAAUACUUGUUAAAUAUUUGAACAUCACAUGUGACAUUAAUAUGUAUCAUAUUAUUUUUUGUGAUAUUGUUUUUUUUUUUUUUUUUUUUUAUCAGAAAACAAAACAACAAAUAAAUUAAAAACAUUAACAAAUUAUAUUUACCAGAUGUUAGGAAAUAUCCCAUUUCUCCCCUAUAGUACAAAUAGUAUGAAAGUUCCUCUGGAUGAAAUAUUAAAUUUGCAAAGAGUGGAUGAAUCAAACACACACAUGACCACUGACACAUAAACCAACCUGUACAAACACUAAUAAAUUCCUGCAAACAUACACAUACACCUGACCAGCACAUGCACAUACACACAACCACAUAUACAUUUACACUUGCAUAGACAAUUGAUUUUGUGAGUAAUUAUGAAUUAUUUACUCUUUAAGAAUUUAAUUAUAUAAAAUAUUUGUGCACUUGUGUGCAGUGUAUUUUUUAUUGAUUGUCGGUAUCUUAUUGCAAACCACUUUAAGAUUAACAAAUAUGUGUUUGUGAUAUAUAUAUUGUAUGCACUAUAAAUUUGAUUUUCUUCCUGUUGCGUAUUUAUGUAAAUGUAUUAUACUUUCAUGUUGGUAUAUCUGUAUUUGUUAAGCAUUUUUGUAUAUAGCACUCAAGGGGUGGAUUCCAUGAAGAAACAACAGUGAAAGUUGUACUCAUCAUAACUUACAACUUUUAACUACUCCAAAAUUAAACUGGUAUCCAUGAAGCUGAGUUAACAAGGGUGUGGGAGAAAGUUGAUGGAAUGUCACCCAGGGUGUAAAGCAACAGCAGCCAAAAAUUUGUUGAUCAUAGGCCUUGCGGCCACUGCCAGCUAACGGAGGUCUUGCAUUAUUAAUACCGAAAUUAAUAAAAUUUUGGAAAUGGCAA